CUUCAAUAAUUUUUUUCUCACAAAAAGGUUUUAGCACGGUCAAGGCAUCGCAGCCAUCAAACUCUUUUACCAGCGAUUUCGCAAAACCAUCGGCACAACUGACCAGGUAGCAAAAAGCAAAAGCAACUAAAGCAACCAUACCACUACCGGUAGCUAGCUAGCACCACCCGUAUACACCAUGUUCCACCACAAUGCUGCCCUUGAGAGUCUGAUGCGCCAUCAGCAACGACCCAUCUUUCCUGCUCCUCCCUCGAUGCAUCAGAAUGCUCCGAACUUGUCCAACAAUCAAGGCGCGGCACCCUCAAGCUCGCUGUACUCUGGCAAAUGGACGCUAGAGGAAGAGACUUACGUGUCUUUUCUGUGCGAGGAGUUUCGUGCUGGUUCACUGGCAGUCCCUGAAGGCAAGAGCUUGCGCUGUUUCUUGGCGGAUCAGCUGGGAUGCAACGCCAAACGCAUCAGCAAAAAGUACGAGCGCACGGGAUACAAUGGCAAGCUUCAGUACAUUGACCGCCGCAGAACCAUGACACCACAAGACCUGAAAAAGUGCAACGAAAAGAUGCAAGUACUGGAACAAAAGUUCCGAGAAAGCAGGGAGACUCUCAAGCUCGUCGAGAAUUCCCGAAAGAGGACCGUUCCUAGUGUCACCCCGAACCCGCCCGUCUUUCACUCGGAUGCUGUCACAGCCGCGCUCAGUGCUUACUUGCAACCCGCUGCCAAGAGAGCCAGGACAGCCGCAAGCAUGAUCCUUACUAAUCCCGCACCCAUACAUCUUGGCCACAUUGCUGCGCCUAAUCCGAGUCCUGCGGGGGCUGCCGGAGUUGCAGCUUCUCCUUCCUUGGCCGCUCUCAGCUUGCCUGUGGGACGCAUUGCUGUCGGUGCUACCACGGUUGACAUUCUAGGAUGUUCUAUUCAAGGUCUUUCCAACAACGUUAUGGAUCCUUCCUCCUCACUGCUCUUCCGACGUUCUGCUCUGGCACAAGCGAACAGCGACAAGUCGGAACGCAUCCGAGCUUCCAUGAUCUCCACACUCCAAAAGUACAGAGACCCUUCCACUGGAUUCAUGUCGCUCGCAGGACCUGACCCACCGGCUGCCAUGGCCAACAAUAAUGGACUGCCCUGCAUCACCAACAAUCAUGAAGGUGCAACCAAUGGUACUAGGCUCGAGCGCCUUUCAUCCGUGGCUGCCAUCUUGGAAGAGGCUCAGCGUCAAACCUGCAUCACCUCCUUGUCGAAUCCGUCGUCGUCACAACAAACAGUUGCAGGAGCAGCAAGCAACAAUGAAGAUGCCCUCCUUGAUGCCGAAGUUGCCGCUAGCGCUACGAGCCCAUCCGUAGCGAGACUCUUUGCCUUGCGACUUGCCUACAACACGACGUCGGCUCCCACGGCCAACUAGCGAGCUACCAGGUACUAUUAAUAGCGAGCUAUGUUAGGAUUGAAUUCCAGGAGUGCAACUUUUUGGCACUCACUCUCAUGAUGCUGAGAGUGUUUUUCUUUCACAAAGAAUUCUUGCUUUCCAUACAGACAACUUUCUUGGCGACUGCUUUUGGGAGGAUCAUGCACAUGGAUAUGAAUGGGUUCAGGAGUGGGGAUGUACUAUUCUUUAGCUGUGCUUUGCUUCACUUUCAUUUGGCACCGCCGGUGUAUCUUUUGUCUACUGCAUAACUUAAAUCUACAAUAUCGAUGCGAUGCA